GAGGAAAUGAUCUGUGUGUCCUGAAAGCUGUAACUUAAUAACUACACAAACAUCAGAGACAGAAAGAACAGAUAAACAUCACGCUUUUGUUUUGAGAUUCAGCGGAAGUCCUGCAGGUCUGUUGCUAACGGAAGCUAGCAGCGAGCUAAAGCAGCAAGAAGCUAAACACACUGAACUGAUCUCGUCGACAUGAACGACCUGCUUGUGCUUUAAAAACUGAACAGGUCAUUUAAAAGUGCCGACAUUAGUCUGUGUGCUGGACAGCUGGUCGUUCAAACUUUGAGAAAACGGGUGGACUGCCUGGUCUGUCACCUUGGCUGUGCUCCUCAGGCUCCUCCUCAGUCUCUCUGGGGUGUGGAUGACACUGGCUCGGUGCCAGUCCUCUGUAGAUGAAGAUGUCCCUGGCCCAGCGAGUGCUCCUCUCCUGGAUCUUCGCCCUGAUCUUCCUCAUCAUGCUCGUCCUCAAACUUGACUCCAAGAUCCACUGGAACUGGUUCCUCAUCUUCCUCCCUGUCUGGACGUUUGACACCAUCCUCAUCCUCAUGCUGGUGGUGAAGAUGGCAGGUCGCUGCAAGCCAGACCUUGACCCCAGGGAUGGCGAGCAGAGCUUGAAGCGGAGGUUGUGGUACUUGACGGCCCUGUUGCUGAAGCUGGCCUUCUGUCUGACUCUGUGCUCCCGCCUGGAGAGGCUCACCGACAUGUGGGUCAGUGUGGUGUGUGUCCCCCUGUGGGUGCUGCUGGGUGGGGCGCUGGUGGAGCUGGGACACAGUGUUUUCCACUACAGGAGGGACUGAACCAGAGGACUGCAGGGUUGAAAUGUACUAAACUUUGUGAUACUUGAGUAUCUCUCACUACAGAUGCACCAAUCUGAUUCCCUGGAUUGGUAUCAGGGCCGAUACUGACCUUAUAAAGCGGACUGAGUAUGGUCCAGACCUGACGAUCCACACUAAAUACAGUUUGUUUAUCAGUGUCAUUAUAAAAUUCACUGUAACAACUAUAAGUUAAAUAUAUUACAUCACAUCAGGUUGGGGUCCUCAUAAGUUCUACACAGUGUGGUGUACAGGUUUCAAAUAUUGGAAACAGGGAGCACCAGUAUCGGACUGGGAAUCUUUAUCACGAGAGGAAAAAGUUGGAUCAAUGCAUCUUUUUCUCCCGCCACAGAAAGAGCUAACUGUGUGUUAUUCUGUGAUACCAUUGGAUUUUGGUUUAAAGGAGGCUUUUCCUUACACCAGUCACACAGGGUUUGGCAUCUUCAGAAUAAACCCAGCUUUUACAUUUCGUUGGCAUUCACAACUCUGCCUUCUGGCUCGUCUUUAGGCAACAGGAGAAGAAAACCAGGCAAAAGUGGAAUCAGAUCACAACUAGACUUAAACUGCUAGCAAACUGAGGCAGUGAUCAGCUGUUGUGAUCCAAAAUGUGCUGCAGUUCCUGGCUACACUAAAUGUUGAUAUACAAGUCAUCUCUUCACUUUUCUGCACUCGCAUGUAUUGCCUGCCAUUGAGCCAUUCACUGUCUGUCUGUGAUAUCACUGUUGACCUGUUAGAAACUACAUGACAUCCAUAGAAAUGGACCAUAUAUGACAUACUGCAACUAUUUGUCCAGGAUAUCCCUGUGUCAGUUACACAAUUUGGAUGUAAAUUCUGUAUUUCCUCUUAAUAUAUGGAUUAAAAAAAUAUCUUUGCACGGUGCAAAGAUGUAUUUUCCUGUAAAA